AUGCUCCGAAGUCGCCAAGCAACCACCAGGGCCGUCCGGGCUCUGGGCCAGGCGCGUGCCUUUACCUCGACGACGAAGCCUGUCAUGAUCCAGAGCGGCCAGAGGAAACAGGCGAAUGCCAGCGCUGCUCCACAAGUCCGCCCUGUACCGAGCCCUGCUUUCAACGCUGAAACCAAGGACCGCAGCCAUGUGCAGCCUCUGGUCAACCCGUCGAAGCCUGACAUGGAUGAAUCAUUCAUUGGCAAAACUGGAGGCGAAAUCUUCCACGAGAUGAUGCUGCGACAGGGUGUCAAGCACAUUUUCGGAUACCCUGGCGGCGCUAUCCUGCCCGUCUUCGACGCCAUUUACAACUCAAAACACUUCGACUUCAUCCUGCCCCGUCAUGAGCAGGGCGCCGGCCAUAUGGCCGAGGGCUAUGCCCGUGCCUCGGGCAAACCCGGUGUCGUCCUGGUGACUUCCGGACCCGGUGCCACCAAUGUCAUCACGCCCAUGCAGGAUGCCCUGUCGGACGGAACGCCCUUGGUUGUCUUCUGCGGCCAGGUCCCCACCACGGCCAUCGGCAGCGACGCCUUCCAAGAGGCCGACGUCGUGGGCAUCUCGCGGGCCUGCACCAAGUGGAAUGUCAUGGUCAAGAGCGUUGCUGAGCUGCCGCGGAGAAUCAACGAGGCGUUCGAGAUUGCCACCAGCGGCCGUCCUGGCCCCGUCCUCGUCGACCUGCCCAAGGACGUCACGGCCGGUAUCCUGAGGAGAGCCAUCCCUACGGAGACUGCUCUGCCGUCUCUGCCCAGUGCCGCUUCCCGCGCCGCCAUGGAGCUGAGCUCAAAACAGCUCAAUGCCUCCAUCAAGCGCGCCGCCGACCUCAUCAACAUCGCCAAGAAGCCCGUCAUCUACGCCGGUCAGGGUGUCAUCCAGUCCGAGGGCGGCGUUGAGCUCCUGAAGCAGCUGGCGGACAAGGCCUCCAUCCCGGUCACCACCACCCUCCACGGCCUGGGCGCCUUUGACGAGCUGGACGAGAAGUCGCUGCACAUGCUGGGCAUGCACGGCUCAGCGUACGCCAACAUGGCCAUGCAGCAGGCCGACCUCAUCAUCGCCCUCGGCAGCCGAUUCGACGACCGUGUUACUCUCAACGUUUCCAAGUUUGCUCCCGCAGCCAGGCAAGCUGCUGCUGAGGGCCGCGGUGGCAUCAUCCACUUUGAGAUCAUGCCCAAGAACAUCAACAAGGUCAUCCAGGCGACCGAGGCCGUGGAGGGCGAUGUCGCCACCAACCUGAAGCACCUGAUCCCUCAGGUUUCUGAAAAGUCCAUGGCGGACCGCGGGGAGUGGUUCGGUCUCAUCAAUGAGUGGAAAAAGAAGUGGCCCCUGUCCAACUACCAGCGAGCGGAGCGGGCUGGCCUCAUCAAGCCGCAGACGGUCAUGGAGGAGAUCAGCAACCUGACGGCCAACCGAAAGGACAAGACGUACAUUGCCACGGGUGUCGGCCAGCACCAGAUGUGGGUUGCCCAGCACUUCCGCUGGAGGCACCCUCGCUCCAUGAUUACCUCUGGUGGCCUGGGCACCAUGGGCUACGGUCUCCCCGCGGCCAUUGGCGCCAAGGUGGCUCAGCCCGACGCUCUGGUCAUCGACGUCGAUGGCGAUGCCUCGUUCAACAUGACGCUGACGGAGCUGUCGACUGCUGCGCAGUUCAACAUUGGCGUCAAGGUGGUUGUGCUCAACAACGAGGAGCAGGGCAUGGUGACGCAGUGGCAGAACCUCUUUUACGAGGACCGAUAUGCGCACACGCACCAGAAGAACCCUGACUUUAUGAAGCUGGCCGACGCCAUGGGCGUGCAGCACCAGCGCGUGACGGAGCCGGAGAAGCUGGUGGAUGCCCUGACGUGGCUCAUCAACACCGAUGGCCCGGCCCUCCUGGAGGUUGUCACUGACAAGAAGGUGCCUGUCCUGCCCAUGGUGCCUGCUGGAUCAGCCCUGCACGAGUUCCUCGUCUUUGAACCUGAAAAGGAUAAGCAGCGCCGUGAGCUGAUGAAGGAGAGAACAAAGGGUGUGCAUUCCUAA